UUUUGCACACGCGCCUAAAGUUCCACAAAUUUAUCGAAACAACAUCUUGAAUUUAAAAUCAUACGGGCAGUUCGGCAUCAACUCUGCUCAUGAGGCUUAUGCUACAGUAAAUAUGAUUGCCCAAGACGGUGUGCUGUUUGUACUGCUGGCCGUGUGUGGCCUCAGCUGGGCCUCUUUGCAGGGAAAUAUCAGGCCUAAGACAUACGUCGACCUAGGCGCGGAGGACGUUUAUCAAUUCAAUGGAAAUGACACGCACACCGACUUCUUUCGCCUGGUCCUUCACGACGGACCUAACCUUUUGGUCGGAGGCAGAAACUUCUUGCACAUUCUCAACUUGACGGACCUCACGGAAACACAGAGACUGACGUGGUUUUCGUCCGACAGUGACAAGUUUAUGUGUAAGUUAAAGGGCAAGGACGAAGAGAGUUGUCAAAACUACAUUCGCGUCCUGACAAAAAUUUCACCUGGACGCUACCUCGUAUGCGGCACCAACGCCUUCAAACCGAUCUGCCGUGAAUAUUCCUUGCAGACCUCUGGAUUUCUGAUGGAGAAAGAAACGUCCGGCCAGGGAAUUUGCCCGUACAAUCCCAAAAGCAACAACACGGCCGUAUUUACCAACGGCGAGCUAUAUUCUGGCACUUUCGCAGAUUUUGCAGAAGUAGACUCCCUAAUUUUCAGGCAACCUUUUAGAACAAGGCAGUUUGACUCCAAUACCCUCAAAAAUCCUAACUUUGUGAGCUCCUUCGCUCACGGAGACUACGUCUACUUCUUUUUCCGUGAGGUCGCCAUUGAGAACAUCAACGACAAAGAGUCCAUUUAUUCGAGAGUGGCGCGCGUGUGCAAGUCAGACCGAGGCGGAUUUCGAUACAUUCGAGGCUGCAGGCAUUGCUGGACCUCAUUCCUGAAGACCAGGCUAAAUUGCUCAGUGCCAGGCGAUCUCCCCAUUUAUUUUGACCAAAUCCAGUCAACGUCAGACCUGAUUGAAGGUUCGUAUGGCGGAUUGAACGGUCAGAUCAUCUACGCCGUGUUCACCGCUUCCACCAACUCAACAGGCGGGUCGGCCGUUUGCGCCUUCAACAUGCAAGACAUCUCAGAGGCUUUUGAAGGCACUUUCAAGGAAGAAAGAGAUUCUAAUUGGCUGCCGGUCGACAACUCGAAAGUUCCUGACCCCAGACCUGGUCGGUGCGUCAACGACUCGAGGACGCUGCCUGAAUCGACUCUCAGUUUCAUAGAAACGCAUUCACUGAUGGCCGAGUCGGUCAAAAGCGUCUUUAGACAACCCAUUGUCACCCGCACAAGCUCCCAAUUUGUACAAAUCGCUGUUGAUCCUCAAGUGAAGACGCCAGAGGGCAAAUCCCAUGAUGUACUUUUCAUCGGCACUGACAACGGCAAGAUUAUCAAGAAGGCCGUGAACGCCGAGUCUGCUGAAAACCCAAAGAAACUCGAUCUAGUGAUCAUUGAAGAAAUCCAAGUUUUUCCGCCUAGCGUUGCGAUCAGAAAUUUAAAAGUUGUUAGGGACGAUUCUGUUGCGGAGGGCCGACUUAUUGUUAUUUCAGACUCGGAGAUUAAAUCGAUUAAACUUCAUAGGUGCAACAGUGACAAGAUUACCUCCUGCAGCGAAUGUGUGGCGCUUCAAGAUCCGUACUGCGCAUGGGACAAUCAGGGUCACAAAUGCAUAUCGAUGAAAUCGGCGGCGCAAUGGAGUGAUAAUAAGAAUUUCCUCCAAAGCAUUGCUUCUGGUGUUCACAGCUUAUGUCAAAAAAUUUAAUGGAAAAACAACUGAAACGUUGGAUAAGAUAAAUCACGACACUUAUUUUUUUGUACGAAUUAUUUUAUAAUAUUUACAACUUUUAAAUGGUCCGCAAGAGAAGUUUUAAAAUCCGUCACUUUUUGUAAUUUUUCAAUGAAAUUUAAAACUAAAUUAAAAUA